CGCAGUGGCGCCGGAGACCGCUCGGCGCGGUUGCCAUGGAGUCGGAAGGGGCCUACGAGCCAGGCUUCGUGGGGAUCCGCUUCUGCCAGGAAUGCAACAACAUGCUGUACCCGAAGGAGGACAAGGAGAACCGGAUCCUGCUCUACGCGUGCCGGAACUGCGACUACCAGCAGGAAGCUGACAACAGCUGCAUCUACGUCAACAAGAUCACGCACGAAGUGGACGAAUUAACACAGAUCAUCGCUGAUGUCUCCCAGGAUCCCACUCUGCCCCGGACGGAGGAUCACCCCUGUCAGAAAUGCGGCCACAAAGAAGCUGUCUUUUUCCAGUCUCACAGCGCCAGGGCUGAGGAUGCCAUGCGCCUCUACUACGUCUGCACAGCCCCCCACUGCGGUCAUCGUUGGACAGAGUGAAACCCUCCGAGAUGACCACUACCUGCCAGGCCUCUUCCUGUCUGCCGGGCCACCGAUGACUUCCCCACUGCGGUUCUCUGCUAUUUAUCCAUUCGGCCUGUCUGAAUUGUCCUUUGCUCUAAUAAAUGAUUUAUUUUUUAUAGAA